AUGUCAUUUAUCAAGGGUAAGUUCACUGUACCAAGUUCCAUUGGUUAUGUUUCAAAAUCUAUUUUUAACGUUUCUUCAAGAAGGUUUGCUUCUUCAAAAACCAUGACCGUUAGAGAAGCAUUGAAUUCUGCAAUGGCUGAAGAAUUGGAUCGUGAUGAUGAUGUAUUCAUCAUUGGUGAAGAAGUUGCCCAGUACAACGGUGCUUACAAAGUCACAAAGGGUUUGUUGGAUAGAUUUGGUGAAAGAAGAGUUGUUGAUACACCAAUUACUGAAUAUGGUUUCACAGGUUUAGCCAUUGGUGCUGCUUUGAAAGGUUUAAAACCAAUUGUCGAAUUCAUGUCUUUUAAUUUCUCAAUGCAAGCUAUUGACCAUGUUGUUAACUCUGCUGCAAAAACUCACUAUAUGUCUGGUGGUACCCAAAAGUGUCAAGUUGUCUUUAGAGGUCCAAACGGUUCUGCUGUCGGUGUUGCUGCUCAGCAUUCUCAAGAUUACUCAGCAUGGUACGGUUCUAUUCCAGGUUUAAAAGUUUUAGUUCCUUAUUCUGCUGAAGAUGCAAGAGGUUUGCUAAAGGCUGCCAUUAGAGAUCCAAAUCCCGUCGUCUUUUUAGAAAAUGAAUUAUUAUACGGUGAAUCUUUCGAAGUCUCUGAAGAAGCCCUAUCUCCUGAUUUUACCUUGCCAUAUAAAGCUAAGAUCGAAAGAGAAGGUACUGAUAUUUCAAUCGUUACAUACACAAGAAAUGUUCAAUUCUCAUUAGAAGCUGCUGAGAUUUUAAGUAAGCAAUACGGUAUUAACGCUGAAGUUAUCAACUUGCGUUCUAUUAGACCAUUGGAUGUUGAAGCAAUUAUCAAUACUGUCAAAAAGACAAACCAUUUAAUUACUGUCGAAUCAACAUUCCCAAGUUUCGGUGUUGGUUCAGAAAUUAUUGCUCAAGUUAUGGAAUCCGAAGCAUUCGAUCAUUUAGAUGCUCCAGUUAGAAGAGUCACCGGUGCUGAUGUCCCAACACCAUACGCAAAAGAAUUAGAAGAUUUCGCCUUCCCUGAUCCAGACACCAUUGUUAGAGCUGUUAAAGAAGUUCUAGCAGUAGAAUAA